GAACUUCUGGCUGGCUCUCUGCUGCCACAGCCGCACCGAAAGGGUGGGAGGACGAGGAAGACACCGGAGCCCAGAGGAGAGGCAGGUGUGCUCAGGUGCGACACCUGGAUCAUGAAGUCGUCCCUCUGCUGGCUCCUCUCACUUCUCAUCUUGGCCUCUGUGGCCCAAGGCCAGUCAUCAAGAAGACCAAGACCUGGGCCCGGGCCCGGACGCAGGCCCCGGCCCAAGCCCAAGCCCACACCCAGCUUUCCGCAGCCCCAUGAGCCAGCAGAGCCCACAGACCUGCCUCCCCCGCUCCCUCCCGGCCCUCCGUCCGUCUUCCCCGACUGCCCCCGGGAAUGCUACUGCCCCCCGGACUUCCCAUCGGCCCUCUACUGUGACAGCCGCAACCUGCGCACCGUGCCGGUCAUUCCGCCGCGCAUUCACUACCUCUAUCUCCAGAACAACUUCAUCUCGGAGCUGCCGGUGGAGUCCUUCAAGAACGCCACGGGCCUGAGGUGGGUCAACCUGGACAACAACCGCAUCCGCAAGGUGGACCAAAGGGUGCUGGAGAAGCUCCCGGGCCUGGUGUUUCUCUACAUGGAGAAAAAUCAGCUGGAGGAGGUGCCCUCGGCCCUGCCCCCAAGCCUGGAGCAGCUCAGGCUGAGCCAGAACCUCAUCUCCCGGAUCCCACCUGGCGUCUUCCGCAAGCUGGAGAAACUGCUUCUCCUCGAUCUGCAGCACAACAAGCUGAGCGACGGUGUCUUUAAGUCUGACACCUUCCAGGGCCUCAAGAACCUCAUGCAGCUCAACCUGGCCCACAACAUCCUGCGAAGGAUGCCGCCCAAGGUGCCCCCGGCCCUGCACCAACUCUACCUGGACAGCAACAAGAUCGAGACCAUCCCCAGCGGGUACUUCAAGGGCUUCCCCAACCUGGCCUUCAUCCGGCUGAACUACAACAAGCUGUCCGACCGAGGGCUCCCCAAGAACUCCUUCAACAUCUCCAACCUGCUGGUGCUGCACCUGUCCCACAACAAGAUCAGCAGUGUGCCCGCCAUCAGCAACAAGCUGGAGCACCUGUACCUCAACGACAACAGCAUCGAGAAAAUCAACGGGACGCAGAUUUGCCCUGGCAACCUGCUGGCCUUCCAGGACUUUUCCUCAGAUCUGGAAAACGUGCCACACCUUCGCUACCUGCGGCUGGAUGGGAAUUACCUGAAACCACCCAUCCCGCUGGACCUCAUGAUGUGCUUUCGCCUGCUGCAGUCCGUGAUCAUCUAGGCCCUGCCCUGGCUGGACCUUCUCUGACUGCACUUGAAGGCUGGUGGCCCGGGUGCCUGACCCACCAUUUAUUUUUCUGUCUCCCCCUCUUUCACUCCUCCUAUGUCUCUCUUGUUUCCCCUUUCUGAGGACAGGAAAUGCCAUAUGUUUUGCUGCAGCUCUGGAGCAAGAUUUCCUAGGACGUUAUUUGGUCCUGCCCAGUUCAGUCACCCCUGCAGUCACGUCCAAACUUCUGGCCUUCUGUGGUGUCCCUGCUCCAGACACACAGACGACUAAAGACCUCACAUCCCUUAUCCUCUCCUUUUCCACACAACGCUCCUGGGCAAGGCUGGGCCGUGGACUGAGAUCUGAGCUUGAUCCUGGCCCAGUGAGAAGCAGACCCUCCAGGGAAGCUCACAUGUGCACUUCUGGAGAGCCCUCUGGAGACUCCCGGUCCUGGGCAGCUCUGCCCUGAAGAGGCUGAGAAUCCAGGUCUUCUCACCCAAGGAUUCUUUCUGCCCAAACUGCCGUUCCAUCUUCACCCUGCUCCCUGGCACUGAGCCGCUGUCUGCCAGCUGCAUUCCGCAGGAAGGAAGCACAGGUGGCGCUCGGGCUCAGGGUUCCCACAAAAGCCCACAAUCUGGCCAUCUCCGCACAGGGCAGAGUUGGAAGCCCCUCCUCCUUCUGCAGGGUAAACAUGGCACACACUGUCCCGGCUGGGCCUCAGAGAGGAACAGUCACGGAGGAAAAGAGCUGCUCAAGGAGCUAGCCACUGGCUGGAAGGAGAGGGUGGGGUGCAGAGCCCCAGGAUGGGCCAACACUGUGCGUGUGGGUGAGUCUGGCAGUGCCCCUCGCCCAACCUCGACGAGAGGCCCGGCCCCACCCAACCAUCUGUUUUCUGUUAAGUGUGGACGGCCCCGCCACUUCCACUAACAACCCCGCCCCCCGGGGGAGGGAAGGGGGAGACGGGGAAGAAGGGGCGGGGCAUGUAGAAAUCUCCCAGAAGUCUCUUCUGCAUCGAGAAUGGGCCUCUAUCGCCAAAUCAGACACAUCAGCGACACCUGGUGGUUGCUGAAAGUCACAAUUGGUCCGGUCCUCUCACCCGGCAUCUGGGGUGACUGGGGUGAUACUCCAAGGUCAAGGAGCUGGUGUCAGGUCUCAGCUUGGAAGAGCUGUGGGUGAUAGGCAGGGUGUCGCUCCCCUCUGCAAUGUAAAAGGCCAAAAGUCCACGGAGAACGAGCGCAAAUGGGAAGCCUGGGAGCCCAGGUGCAUAGGCCAUUUAGCCUUGAUCCUGCCAGGUCACUCUCUGAGCUCCCACAUCUGUAAACCCAGGCUCCUCUAAGCCCCACCCCCCAGCCCUGUGGUCCCAUCUGCCACCCUCCUCUCUAGAACACACCCUGAUGCAAGACAAGUCCUGGCUGGCAUCCCUUUCUUUGCAGUGAUCUACGGGCUAUCUCUCCCAGGCAGGCUUCUCUGCCUUCCUUACUUGGCCCUGGUAGCUGCUGGGCAGGUCUCCAGGUGGAACCCUCACCUUUAUCUCUGACUUCCUGGGGUGCCGCCCCUUCAUGGCCCCCCGGGGUAUGUGUUGGUGGGGAGUACUGGGAGGAGGAUGUCCUAGAAAUGAGUAAGACAGUCUCAGUAGCCCCCACGAGUUAGGAUGAGAACUGCUCCUGAGGAUCUUAAGACAUUGGAUUAAACUGGGCCCUUAACUUCAAGAAAUCUCCAUCACACUCCUGCUCAACUCUCUUUUGCUAAACACAGAAAACAGUGCCCACUUCAUCCGGGCCUCCUUCCCCUGCGGCUGGUUUCUCCAAGGCUCCUGCUUAGCCAGUCUCUUAGUGUGGCUGUAAGCAACCUGGUGCUACGCCUGGACGAACCCCUUCCCACUCCUCAUGCGCACCUGAAACCUCAUUCUUGUCGACGAGGCCCGUGGGCGAGCACAGCCCUCACGGCUCUCCGGGCAGCCUGGUCCUGCAAACCUGAACUUAGUAUCAGCAGCCACAUCCCAUUGCCCCAUCCAGAGUAAGUCUGCUUCCUCCGCUGCCCUGUGCAGCUGUCAGUCAGAGGGGUGAGAGGGGCCCCCAUCCCUGCACAGUGCUGGUUUCCCUCGGACUCAGCAAGUCCCUCCUCCUGACACAGGCUCUGCUGGCAUCUGCGUACAUAGGUCCGUGCUUUUGGCAUCUGCAGAUUCAGGCGUGGAAGGAGGUGUGUGUGCGUGCUCUGUACACAGUCCUCUCCUCUCUUGCAGACCAUGUUAGCUCUGAACCAACUUUCCCAUUUCAAUGCGCUUCACAGCAGAGGAAAUAAAGUAAUAUGAAAACACCUUGCCUGAACUUGACAAUGUGAACAGGUCGAAAAUCAUACUUUAAAGCUCCUGCCCCUCACCUCUUAUUUGUUUUGAGGAGGACAGUGGAGAAAAGGUUUGAUUCUUAAGAAACCUCUAAGAAAGCUAUCCCAAAGUCUUUUCUUGGAUAAUUUCUCCAAGACUCAUAACCCUCAUGAAAAAAUUAUUCCUAAAGUCGGACCAGAAAUCUAAGAGUUACACUUGAAGCCCCAAGCUCCAGGUUGCUUUGACUCACAGAUACUAAUUGCCGAGGGUCUCCCGGUGCUCACUGCCAAGGAGCAUGGGGAAGACACAGGACAGUCACCUUCACUGGCCACGUAAACCUCAGACUCAUCGGGGCUGUGUAGUGUGACGUGAGCCGUGGGAGAGCCAGGUCAAGGGAAGAAAACAGAGCCGGUCAUCUGGAAUGUUCUACAGGGCACACGGAAGGUCGGCAAAGGUGAGAACAGGGCCCUUGAGCUCUCCGCUCAGAUGGACCCUGACUCUGGAAAAGCGAUGCCACCUCUGGGCCUGCACCAUCUUCUAUGGGACGGACACGGCCGGGUGAUACCCUCACCUCUCCCCACCCCAGCCUGUAAACACCUGCUCUGGUUCGAGUCAGCAAGGGUUCAGCAAUCACUGACUGUGUGCUGUGCUCCCAGCCAAGAAUUCAAGGAUGGGCAGCAUAGACCCUAGCCCC